CACCGAUGGAGUUAUGUCGACGUGAACUUUGAUGGGUGUCCAACUCCAAACACGAUAGUUCAUCAAACCUCAUAAAUAUCCGCUUUUAUUGUGAUUUUACGGUAAAUUCGCGUGAGUUAGUGAAGAAAUAUGGAUGAUCUGCAGAGUCAUUUGGCCAGGAUCCGUGUGCCUAGCAGCUAUGACAAUAUUUUCAAGGAUGAAUGCGUCUACUCCUUUGACACCCCGGAGACUGAAACUGGGCUGUAUGUGUGUCUCAACACUUUCCUGGGCUUCGGGAAGGACUAUGUGUUGGGCUACUAUGAGAAGACGAAGAAUGCUGUAUUCCUGCACAUUCGGCGCCUCAAGACAGAAAUCCCGCCGGAAAGUGGCGGUGUUGAAGGUCCUGAGAAGAAGAUAACGCGCCUGGCAAUUGGGAUUGAGGGUGGAUUUGAUCCGGGAGCAGGGAAGAAGUACACGUACGAGGAGAAUUAUAGCAUUGUGGUGCUGCCGGGCUUCCAGACGAUGCCCUACAGCACAAAAUUGCCACAGCCCGUGGUGAAUUCGGUUAGUGCUAUUUUGGCGGCGGAUUCGGCCAUGAAGAAGGCCGAGAAGAGCUCUCUGACUGGGACAUGGGAUGGGGAGGUGAGGCAUGUGUCAGCCUGUGCCAAGGAUUUGUUGCAGCUGGACAAUGGACGGAAGAUUCCGCCGAGUGGAUGGAAGUGUGACAAGUGUGAGUUGACCACAAAUCUCUGGCUCAAUCUCACGGAUGGGGCAGUUCUCUGUGGCAGGAGAUUCUUCGAUGGGUCCGGGGGGAAUGAUCAUGCAGUGCUGCAUUACAAAGAAACAGGCUACCCGUUGGCCGUGAAGCUGGGAACGAUUACGUCGGAAGGCAAGGGGGAUGUCUACAGCUACGAGGAGGAUGAUAUGGUAGAGGAUCCGUAUCUGGUGCAACAUUUGGCCCAUUUCGGGAUCAAAAUCAAUCAGAUGGAGAAGACAGAGAAGUCCAUGGUGGAGCUGGAGCUGGAUCUCAAUCAGCGAGUUGGGGAGUGGAGUCUCAUGUGCGAAAGUGGCAGCAAUCUCACUCCCAUGUCCGGCCCUGGAUGCACCGGGAUGCAGAAUCUGGGAAAUUCCUGCUACCUCAACAGCGUCAUGCAGGUCAUCUUCACCAUUCCGGACUUUGUGGAGCGUUUUGUGGGCAAUGCCGAUGGGAUUUUUGCCAAGUAUCCAAAUGAUCCGGCGAGUGAUUUCAAUAUUCAGAUGGCUAAAUUGGGCGUGGGACUCCUCAGUGGCAAGUACAGUUCUCCGGGAGAGGGAUUUGGGGACACUGAGCCGGUAGGAAUCUCUCCGGCCAUGUUCAAAACUCUCAUUGGCAAAGAUCAUCCGGAAUUCUCAACGAAGCUCCAGCAGGAUGCUCAUGAAUUCUACCUACAUCUGGUCACUACCCUGGAGAAGAACAGUCGUGGUCAGGUGAAUCCGGCAGAUGCUCUCAAGUACACAGUCGAAGAGCGUCUGAUGUGCUCAGCCAGUGGCAAAGUCCGGUACAGCACGAGGAAUGAAUGGAGUCUGCCACUGCAGAUUCCCCUUCAUCUGGCCACAAAUAUCCCCGAGAUCCGGGCAUAUGAGGAAAAAUUGGCUGAGGCCAAGAAGAAGGGCGAGAAGGUGAAUCCCAAUGAGGCUGUUCGGCCCAAGAUUCCCUUCACAGCCUGUCUCAAUGCCUUCACCAGUGAAGAGAUCAUCGAUCAAUUCUACAGCACUGCCAUCAAGGAUAAGACCCGAGCUAGGAAAAUCACUCGCCUGGCCACAAUGCCAGACUUCCUCAUGAUUCACUUCAAGAAGUUCACUCUCAAUGACGAUUGGUCUUCCCAGAAACUGGAUGUGUCCAUUGAUGUGCCCGAUGAACUUGACUUGAGCAGUUUGAGGGCAGAACCGAGAAGGGACGGGGAGGAAUUGCUGCCGGAAAUUGCCGGACAGCCUCCACCACUUCCGCCAAUGGAUGAACAAGUGCUGGAGCAAUUGGUGCAGAUGGGAUUCCCACCGGAAUCCUGCAAGAAAGCCAUUUUCUUCACCAAGAACACGGGAGUGGAGAAUGCUACGCAGUGGAUCAUGGAACACAUCACAGAUGCCGAUUUCAGCGAUCCCUUCGUCCCUCCCGGAACUGAUGUCUCCAAAUCUGCUUUCGUGGCUGAUGCCAAUGGCCUCCAAAUGCUGAUGGGGAUGGGAUUCAAUGAGAGACAAGCUACAAAAGCCCUCAGGGAGACUGGAAAUAACAUUGAGAGGGCAGCUGACUGGAUAUUUUCGCAUCAGAGCGAAUUGGACGCGAUGGAGACGAGUGAGGAAGCUGAUGUUCCUCGUGAGAUUCCCGUUAGAGAUGGAGGAAACAAUUACAAGUUGGUUGCCUUCAUUUCUCACAUGGGCACGUCCGCUCAGAUGGGUCACUACAUCUGCCACAUUCUCAAGGACAACCAGUGGCUGAUAUUCAAUGACAACAAAGUGGCGAUUUCGCAGAAUCCACCCAAGGAUUUGGGCUAUCUCUACCUCUAUAGGCGUGUCUAAAAAAAAGAAAUCAGAAGAAGGAGGUUUAGCAUUUUUUUUUUCAGUAAACCCAGUUAUGCCAGCAUUUGACUUGGUCGCAAGUUUUUUCUAAGUUAUAUAUCAAUUUUCUUUUUUUACAAAAAAAAUCCGUGUACGAAAUGUAAAAAAAAUAAUUUCACGCUUUCAGUGGUUUGCAUUUCAUAAAUUUAUUUCACUUAAUUGUUCUCAAAUUGCAAUUGAAUAAAAAAAUUCUUGAUUUUUCUUAUCAA